AUGGAAACUACAAAACGCACCGCCGCCGUCUCUAUCCGCAACAACACCUCCAAGCCCAUCGUCGGCAUCUCCCUCGUCCACAAAUACAGCGACGUCUACAAGCACCGCAAAGAAUGGGCCGCCAUCCCCGCCGGCGACUCUUCUACUGAAUCCCUCAAAGUUGAAUACAACACCGGCUUCUUCACCACAGGCCGCGACUGGUGGUUCAUCUCCUGGUAUAGUCAAGACAUGAAGACGCUCUACUACAGCAACCCGCAAAACUUUCGCGGCGCAUUUGAUGCCAUUGAGAAGGGCGUUUCACCCGAGCUCAUUUAUCAGGCUGGGAUGCUCUUGGCCCCGAUUGCAGUGAUCUCGGGUGGUCCUGUUUUAGCCGUGCCUGCUACCUUGGCGACGGUAGCUGUUGCGAAGGCGACGAGUAAUAGGUUGUAUGAGACGGAAGAAACAGCAGGAUUUAAGCAGCACAUCUUGAGAGAGGAGGAUGAAGGUAAAGUUACGGAGAUAAUCAUCAACGAAGAUGAAACCAUUACGUUUAAAUCACAGUCGGGCGAUUCUGAGACUGUAUACACUUCAAAGAAAGCACCAGGGCAAUAG